AUGGGGCCAUCCAAAGCAAUCGCUCUCAGUCUUCUCCUUCUAAGUUCCUGGGCAUCAGCCUCUGCCAUUCCCGUCCGAGCCCGCGCUGCUGCGUCCUCGUCUGCCGUGGCUUCUGCCUCGUCGGCUCAAGCAACCUGUGGAUGGACUUACUUCCUGAACGUUGACAACACAACCACCGAAGAUGAUGAUGAUGAUGAUGAUGAUGAUGAUGAUGAUGAUGACGACGACGAUGACUCCACUACCACCACCACCACGAGCAAGCGCGCUGAGCACGAGCUGCACCAGCUUGCCCGUCGCAGUCGCAUCACCAACAGUUAUAACGACGGCAAGUGCACUCUGGGGACCAAGAUCUAUAAACCGCCGUACCCUGGCCCUGCCGCCCUGGCGAAGGAGCAAGGAGACGCCUUUUUGGGGUACUACAUCCCCAAGCUGGAUCAGUGCCCGGCGGGGGCCGUGACCUACGACGUCCUCCCCGAUGAUACUGACCUGACGGAUACGGUGGCCGCUUACUGGGACUCGGCCACUGCGGGCACCGGGCAGAAGUACAUUGCUCUGGGCUCCAAACCCUCGAAAACGGAUUCCUACAUCAAUGUGGACCAUGUUUAUGAGCUGAAGAUUGUCGACAGCUUCUUUUCGGCCAUGAUCAAGAAGUACAACUUCUGCGACAGCUUCAAAACCUUCUUCCUCACUCAGGAUAAGGAACACCCGAUGGCGAAUGGGAUCAAGACUCGACUUCAGCGCCUCUAUGCCAUGCUGCCCAGCAACACCUACCUGGACUUUGUUGCCAUGGACAAUCAACUGAACAGUGUGAAGGCGCCUAUGUUCGACGAGAAUCUCAGCGGAAUGCAGAGCCCCAAGGGCUCGACACCUGCCCAGGAGGCCAGCAACGCCCUGUCCAUCAUCAACACCAUGGCCACGGUGAUCUCGAUGCUCCGCGAUAACAAGAUUGCGCAGGUCUUCAAGACGACCAACAAGCGCAUCUACGAGGCCUUCCUGGGCAUCGACCAGCUCGCUACUGGCUGCAACGACCCCAUCCCCGGAAACGGCUGGGCCGACUCAUACUCCAGCUGGAUGGAGGAAUUCCUCUCGGCGCAGGCCACUGCCGUCUCCUCGCGACUGGCCUCGAUCUCCGCCCAGGUGACUCCCACCACCGAUGCCUCGGGACAGAAGAACGCCCUCGGGCAGGGUUUGGACGCCUUCAACGCCAAGUACCCGACUGCUUCCUGGACUUGGGAUGCGAAGCAGCUGCUGGACUUCUCCGCCCCGAGCGCCAUCGCUUUUGCUAAGCGUGGAGCGGAGAGCAGCGUCGCUGCCUGCACGCCCACUCCCUCGAUGUCAGCCUCAUCCAGUGCGGCGGUUUCCACUCAUGCUGGCUCCUCGACUCUUGUGACGGCCUCGCACACCAGCAACCUCGUGACUUCCAAGGUGGCUACUCACACUCCUGAGACCACCGCAACGGAGACCUCGACGAAUGUGCACGCCUCGACCAGCGUCAAGUCCGAGACCUCGAAGGCGGUGACUACUACCCACACAGUCCCAUCCUCAAGUGCCACCACCGAGACUGCUCCGAGCGUAGCGGUUACCACCACCCAGACCACCGAGACGCACACUUCGACGACCCCGUCCACUACGUCUACUCCUUCCACUACUUCCACUACUUCCACCACUUCCACUCCUUCCACUACAUCUACUACAUCUACUACAUCUACUACAUCUACUACAUCAACAACCUCCACUACUUCCACUACUUCCACUACUUCGACCACUUCGACCACUUCGACCACUUCGACCACUUCGACUUCGACGACCUCGACUUCCACCACCUCAAGCAAGACUACAACCACCGAAGCCACCAAGACCACCACCACCGCAGCCGAGGAGACCACCACCACGACCAAGUGCAAGACCGCCUCCCAGUGCCCCCGAUGCAGUCUUCUGAAGAAGGGCAAGUGCAGCGGAGGGGUGUGCAAGUGCUAGAUGACACAGAAGAACUCAACCAGUCGAAGGUCUCAUUAUCCACAUGAAAGAAGGGAGACUGCAAGCCAAGGGGGAGAAAUAAGUUACAG